AUGCGACGCGCUACCUGUUCUUCUUUGAGAGCAAGGCUCGUAGCUCGAAAAUGGCAUCUGCCUUCUGGUUUCCGUCUCAAUUCAACUUUUGAAUCGCCCUCGACAGCUUCUACAUCUUCCGACUCACCCAGGAAAAAGAGAAAUCAACCACCAAAUGGUCAAUACACCAUUUUCGCCCGGACAUGGGAUCAUUUGCGUUCGCCUCUGGAUACUCUAGCUAUCGUUCAGUAUCUCGGGAAGGCUUUUGGACCGGUAGAAGAGUUCAGGUCAUUCAAGUCCUCUUUAAUGGUCCGAUUUAGGGAUGCAGCAUCAGCCAAGCGUGCGCUCAAACACACAGCUACCAUUCCUAUACCUGCUCCUCCCGAACCAAAAGAGAGUCGUAUUGACGGUGGUUUGGGUCUCGACGAUUUCCAGCCAUACUUGGAGCGGCAAGAAUUCGACCCAGCGCUCACGCCUGCUAACAAUGCGGAAAAUCUAGCGCAAAUGCCGAACACUAUCCUGGUUACACUUUCCGCAGCCCCUGAUCUGCACACCUUCCAACCUCGCCCGGAUAGGCACUACUUCAUAUCAACAAAAGCUGCGAUAAAUUUCGUUAAAUGGGCCGGAUUUGCUGCAAUAAAGCCUAUUGAAGAGGGAAUGCCGCUCGACAAACUGGAUCACGAAUGGAUGCGUCGUACAGUCCGACGUCAUGCCCGAAACCAAAACCUGCCAAACCCUCUCGAAUUCCAACCCGGCAAGGAACCAACUCGAGAACCGUAUCGGAAUCAAUCUGAAGAACUCGGUUCAAAACCGCCUCCUGUAUCUGGAAAGGAAUGGGUUGCCCCAGUUACCAAACCAUCUACAUCCAAAUCCCUGGAAACCACCCCCUCGGCGGAACGGGAAACAGAAUGGGAACCUCUUCCUGAAUUCGUGGUCGAAAAUACUUCCGAAUCCUCCUUUAUCUUUCCUAAAGUCACUGAACUCGUCGAGCCCGAGAUACGGACAGCCGACUCGGUGCCAGUCACCAUAAUUCAUCAUGAAACCUCUCAUUCGCCAACUGAACAACCUACCCCUCCACCAGCGGAACAACCUUCACAGGCACCCCACCAACCUACCCCUCCAGACGACAUAGCCAGCCAAGCUCUUGCUGCUUCCCAAAUUCAGCAGGCCAAUGCUAUUCUGCAGCAGCUAAAUUCCCCGAAACUCAAGCAGGGCAAGCAGGGCAAUUAUAAGACAGCGGUCCCUAAUUCUCCAAAGCGACAACAGCCACGAACUCGGUUGUUCUUAGAGUCCGAAGCUUCGGAGGACGCGAAGCCACACACUGAUUUAUCUUCUGGUGUAGAGAAUCCAAACACCGAGCAGGCUGCUGAUGGCAGGCUGAAAAAAUUCCUUGGGGGAUGGUUUUAG